AUGGACACAGAAACUUCAUCAGUCGAGGUCUCGCGUGAUGGACAAGUCACUCGCCAAGGUGAGUCUGCGUUCGAUGAGUACGAUGAGAUCAGCAACGUGACUGUGGGCACAAGCAGUCCCUUAGCGCAUCCAAGCAUAAAGUCGCCGCGGUCUGGAUCCAAGAGCUACCUAACGAUGGAUCCAAUGGCGUCGUCGCUUGAGGGCAACUCGGUUCCAGUCAAUCAUGAAGCACCACAGCAGCUUGCGCUAAAUAAUCACAACCUGCACGGCUUCACACGCAGCGUAAAGACCGGAGGGGUGCCACUACGCCUGGACGUCAUUCCAGAUGACGCGUACGUUGACUACAGUACAAACUUUGCGAAGCUGAAUACUAAAACGACGGAGGCAGAGAAACGUGAAGACAUCUCGGUCUUGACCGUGGCCGGUCGCAACUUGUAUCCAGGGGACUUUGGCAGCGACGUGGCCGACUCCGUGACGCUUUAUAGCAACACAAGCUUGCAUGGUGGUGAGGCGUUUAUGGAAGGAAACGCAUGGAACAUCGAGCGCGCCAGCGUUGAUCCGCAGGUUGGCAGCCCCACGCGACAUUACACCGAUCCUCUAAGCACCGCUAAUCUGGACCAGCACUUGCACGAACUGUCUCGUGGUCCUGCCCUGCUUAGGGUGGAGAACAUUGUUGCCCCUAGUUUACACUCCCUUCCACAGAAUCGCAACACGUCCAUGACAAUGAUGCUUCCAGAGACGACGGUAGCCAGUCUCAUGGUCGAGCCCAGCGAGGUGGAUGCCAUGUCUACCUCUGAGGUGAUUUCGCUGACGCGCAUCCGUUCUGCUAAGCUGACCUCCCUCGGCGAUACCAUGGACGACGUGUGGAGCACCACGUCUACUCGAGGUCUCGACACUGUGCACUUCGGCCCCGGUGGUGCGAGAGAUGAGACGCUGCAUGCCCUGUCCAAGGAGAACUUGCGGCAGCUACGGCACCAGCUGGAGAGCGGAGAGACACCACUGCGUCCGGAGGUGCUGGCGGGACUUAGUACCAUGGUGCAGGCCAUAACGCAGACAAACUCGACCAAGUCUGUCAGCAGCGCGGUUGAGCCAACCAUGACAGCCGGGAGAUCAAAGCUGGUGGACUCGGCAGCCUGCCCUGGAAGCUCUUUACAGAGCUUUGAAGGACCCCGCGGCCCCUUUUUGGUUUCCUCAGCGAACCUCACCAAAGAUGGUGAUCUCAGUGCAAUGGCCGGAAUGUCGUUUCACAGUACCCCUGUCGAUCUACCAGCAAGGGAAGCCUGCGGCGACCGUGCGAUAAACUCACCUGAGUACCCGAACCAGGAUUUUCUGCACUCACAGCACGCUGACAUCAGCGAUGGUGACGUGGAUGAGGAGGGUGCGGUGGACGAAGCCGAUGUGGAGAACGAGGAUGAAGACGACGACGCCUUGCAUGAGAAGACAUCCACCAGCGACGACUCUUGCGAGGGUCAGAACGAAAGUGUUUUUAACAUGACUGAGGACGAUGGCGUCGACGACAUGGCUGACCCGGCAGCCAUGUUACGUCACAUGCGAGAGCUGUUUAAGCUAGUCCAGGAGGGUCGCCAAGAUCAGUCACACCUCCGCCAGCUUGUCCUGGAGCAGCGCUGCGUCAUUCAACACCUGCAGAGCACCGUCAAGGACCUUGAAUCAGAGCUCUGGGCGCUGAAGAAGCACUAG